AUGAAGCCACGUCUGAGUUUGACUGAGAUUUACAAUAUGCUUGAUCAGGAUGAGAGUCACAGAGUUGUAGGAUCGUCUCAGAAACUGAGUGCUAAUCCAGUGGCAUUUCAAGUUCAAGAUUCUAUUUCAACUAAUCAGAAUCAAAUUCUAUUGGCCCAUGGAGGUUUUCACAAGACGAAGUGUACGUACUGCUCGAGACCUGGACAUACCAUGGACAAAUGUUACAAGAAACAUGGUUAUCCUCCAGGAAUGUUCAAAGGGAAGAAGCCAAAUGCAGUCGCUUCAACGAACCUUGCAGUCACACACUCUGGGAUCACAAGUGAGAAGGAUCACCAUGAAGAAGUUUCUUGUGAAGCAAUGUCAAAGGAUCAGAUUCAAUCAAUGAUUUCUUAUCUGAGUACUCAUCUCCAAUCAAGUGGUGUCUCGUCUACAACUGAUAAAACAAGUGCUUCGACUUCAGCUUCUGCUCCGGUUGUUUCACAGAUCACUGGUAGCCUUUCCGUUUCUUCCACUUCAAAGGAAACAGAUGUGUCUCUUAGAGCUUGGAAUAUAGACUCAGGAGCCACUCACCAUGAAAUUACUCAGGAAUUGAUGAUUGGUCAAGGUAGUCAAGUGGGUAACUUAUAUCUGUUGGAUGUUGAUAAUAAAAUGCAUAAGUCUCUUUCGUUUAAAGAUCGAACUGAUGUUGUCAAAUCCUUCUUUCCUCAUUUUCCUUCACAUGCACAACCUGAUACAUUUUCCUCUGAGAAUGUAUCCUCUGAUGUACAUCCUUCUGAUGUGCCAUCAUCUUUUGGUUCACUUCCCUCUGGAAGUAGACCAUCUCGUUCAAAGAAACAACCCGCAAACUUGCAGGACUUUCAUUGUUACAACGUUAAAACUUUCAUAAAUGCUAUCACCAAAAUCAAAGAACCACAAAAAUAUUCAGAAGCCUUGUUGGAUAAGUUGUGGCGAGAUGCUAUGGGAGACGAGAUUGGUUCUCAGAAAAGAACUUUCACUUGGAGUGUCUGUCCUUUACCCCCUGGUAAAGUACCUAUUGGUUGCAAAUGGAUUUUUAAGGUGAAGUAUAAUCCGGAUGGUACUGUGGAGAGAUUUAAAGCACAGUUGGUGGAUCAGGAGUACACGCAAGAAGAAGGGGUAGAUUACAAAGCAACGUUUUCACCAGUUGUGAAGUUGUCUACAGUUCGAAUUCUUAUUGAUCUUGCCGCCAAGAUGAACUGGUCACUGACGCAACUGGACAUCUCAAACGCUUUCUGA